AACUACCUUAAACUGGAACGCAGAGACCUAAACGGCUAAACCGUAGAUAACGAGAAAAAAUGCGGUUCACCUCCUCUCCUUCUCCGGCCAUCGCCGCCGCAUCCUCCUUACCUCCGGCGACUGCGGCGGCGGUGGCGGAGAAGCGGGCGAAAGCUAGGGUUAGGGUUCCGGCGAGAGAAACCCGCGCCGUAACCGUAGGUUUCAAUCUGUUGGGGCUCGUGCGAAGCUCGACACGGCUAAGGGCCGGAUUAACGGAGAUCGAGCCCGAUCUACAAGAAGACCCCAUCGACCGUUGGCGAACGAACGGCGUUAGCCCCGAGGAUUUUAUAUACGGGGAGUAUGAUGGGCACCACACUUAUCAUGAAGGCCAUGAAGGUAAAAAGGGCUUUUGGGAAUCCGUCGUGGAGGAGUAUCAAGCAGCAGAACCUCCAACAGGUUUUCAAGCGCUCAUAUCUUGGUUGUUUCUUCCUGCAAUUGUUGCUGGUUUGGCUUACAACGUGCCGGGUGAAUACUUGUACAUUGGAGCAGGUGUCUUUAUCGUAAUAUUCUGUGCUAUUGAGAUGGGAAAGCCGGACAAGCCCCACAAUUUCGAGCCUCAAAUCUACAACAUGGAGAGGGGAGCUCGGGACAAGUUGAUCGCGGAUUAUAACUCCAUGGAUAUUUGGGAUUUCAAUGAGAAGUAUGGUGAGCUUUGGGACUUCACUGUGAAGAGGGAUGAUAUAGUUAAGUCAUAGUUCUCACUCUUAAAUAUGAACCAUGCGACUGAUAUAAUAAGUACUUGUCAGCAAGAUCGGAACACUCUGCACAUCAAAUCUCAGGAUCUUGUGAAAACAGAUGACAAAAAAUUAAUGGAUAUGAGAUCGCAAAGCAAUCAAAUUAGUUUCAGAUGGAACUCUGCGUGGUGAGUACUCAACAUCGGAACUCGUAAAACUGUCAAGUCUGAAGCUUGUUGUGAUGCUUAAUUAGUGUUUAAUUUAUUAUUUCACGUCUAUUUAGCUUUUUUAAGAACAGUUUAAGCUUUGUAACUAUAUGGAUUUUUCACCAUUUCUUGUGUUAUUCCUCAUUAUGUAACAGUGGACAAUAUUUGCCGCAACGAUUUGUUGUAUAAAGCAGCAGUUGCUCUACAUGAAUUCUAACAUGAGAAAUUAUUUUUCACCA